ACAAGGUGAACGGCAUUGUGAUAACGGAAGACUUUAAGGAGGAGCUUCAGAAUGCCGCCCUGAUGACGCAACAAUCGUAUAUCAAUGCGCGCAGCCUUGCCACAACCAGCUCGGCCGACGGGACGGGUUCGGAUAAUGGGGACGAGAGCUUGCUCAUGAGCAUCGGUAGUUCGGCCCUCGAGGAUAUACUGGCGGAGAAGCUUGAGAAGCACAAAGACAAGGACGAGAACAACAAGCUCUCCAACAAGGUGCUGGUGAUGCAACCGAUACUACGCUUUCUGCAGCUACUCUGUGAAAACCACAAUCCCGAGCUGCAGAAUCUCUUGCGCAAUCAGAACAACAAGACUAACUACAAUCUCGUCUCGGAGACGCUCAUGUUCCUGGACUGUAUCUGCGGUUCAACGACCGGUGGGCUGGGCCUGCUCGGUCUGUACAUCAACGAGAACAACGUGUCGCUCAUCAACCAGACACUCGAAACGCUGACCGAGUACUGCCAGGGACCGUGUCAUGACAAUCAGAACUGCAUCGCGACGCACGAAUCGAACGGGUUGGACAUCAUUACGGCACUGAUACUGAACGACAUCAAUCCGCUCGGCAAGAAUAGGAUGGAUUUAGUGCUGGAGCUGAAGAACAACGCCUCGAAGCUGCUGCUAGCCAUCAUGGAGUCCCGUGGCGAUAGUGAAAACGCCGAGCGAAUUCUGGCCAACAUGAACCCGAAGCAGCUGGUGGAUGUGGCCUGCCGGGCGUACCAUCAGGACGAGAACAUAUUGAUGCUACUGAAUCAAAGCGAAGGAAGCGGUGGGACCGGGGGUGCUGGUGGAAUGGGCAGUGGUGGUGGCGGAGGAGGGGUUGGCGCUGGUGGAGAUGGAGAUGGGUACGGUAGCUUGCGGCAAGAUCUUGGCGAUGAUGGACACGACGAUGACGAUGUCGGUGUGUCACCGAAGGAGGUCGGCCACAACAUCUACAUUCUCUGCCAUCAGCUAGCGCAGCACAACAAGGAGUUGGCUGGAUUGCUGAAGAUCGACACUUACAGUACAUCAACACCGGCCACCAGUGGCGGUGCUGGUGGACUGGCGGCGGUAGCUGCAUCGUCAACGGCCACUGCUGCCGCUAGUGCCGCUAGUAAGGCCAACAGCAAGACCAACCAAGCGCUGCUCUACUACCAAACGCACACGGCACAGAUCGAAAUCGUACGGCACGAUCGAACGCUCGAGCAGAUUGUCUUUCCAAUACCGGAGAUCUGUGAGUAUCUGACCAAGGACACGAAGGUUCGGGUACUGAAUACGGCCGAGCGGGAUGAUCAGGGUAGUAAGGUGGCCGAUUUCUUCGAUCGCCAUGAAGCGAUGUUCAACGAGAUGAAGUGGCAGAAGAAACUUCGAGGGCAACCGGCACUGUUUUGGGUCAGCAGUUACAUGUCGCUGUGGAGUAACAUUCUGUUUAAUCUGGCCGUGCUCAUUAAUCUGAUCGUGGCGUUCUUCUAUCCGUUCGAAAAUGCCGUCCCAGAGCUGAGCUUCCAUCUUUCUUCGCUGAUUUGGAUCGUGAUGCUCGUAUCGUUGGCCAUCGUCAUUACGCUACCGCGCCAGUCAGGCAUCCGGACGUUCGUGGUGGCACUGAUCUUGCGGCUCAUCUUUUCCUGUGGCCCCGAACCGACUCUAUGGCUGCUCGGUUGUAUUACUGUCGUCAUGAAGGGUGUGCACAUCAUCAGCCUGAUGGGCAAUUACGGAACGCUUGAGAAGCAUCUCUUCUCUAUCCUUACCGAUGCCGAGUUGUUGUACCACUUCUUUUAUCUACUGUUCUGUGUGUUUGGUGUACUGUUGCAUCCUUUCUUCUUCUCCAUCUUGCUGUUUGACGUAGUGUACCGAGAGGAAACGCUACUGAACGUCAUCCGGUCGGUCACACGGAACGGUCGGUCAAUCAUACUGACGGCCGUACUGGCGCUCAUUCUCGUCUACAUGUUCUCCAUCAUCGGGUACAUGUUCUUCCGUGAUGACUUCCUAGUGCCCGUCGACGAAGAGUUCAGUCCACCAUCGACACCACCACUGCCAUCUGCCGAUGGUAUGGAUUGUACGGCUGGCGAAUCGGUUACAGGUGGCAGUCAUAUGGUUCCCGGGCCGGAUAUCGUCGGUGAGGUGAUACAGCAAACGUGCAGCCGUGCCAGGAUGACCGAACAGGCGAGCACAGUAGGUGGUGAUUCGGGUGGCGACGGUGAGAUGAAGGAGCGGGGCUGUGAUUCGAUGAUCAUGUGCAUCAUCACCACGAUGAACCAGGGCCUACGGAACGGGGGCGGCAUCGGAGAUAUCUUGCGUGCGCCAAGUCGGAAAGAAACGCUGUUCGUACCGCGCGUCGUCUACGAUCUGCUGUUCUUCUUCAUCGUCAUCAUUAUCGUGCUGAACCUGAUCUUCGGUGUGAUCAUCGACACGUUCGCUGAUUUGCGUAGCGAGAAGCAGCAGAAGGAACUGAUCCUGAAGAACACCUGCUUCAUAUGCGGCCUCAAUCGGUCGGCGUUCGACAACAAGACGGUCAGCUUCGAGGAGCACAUCAAGAACGAGCACAACAUGUGGCACUAUCUGUACUUUAUCGUGCUGGUGAAGGUGAAAGAUCCGACCGAGUUCACCGGACCCGAGAGCUACGUGCACGCGAUGGUCAAGGCGAACAUACAGGACUGGUUCCCGCGGCUGCGUGCAAUGUCGCUGGCCGCCGUCGAUGGAGACGGGGAGCAGAUUGAACUGCGAAGUUUGAAGAAUCUACUGGAAACGAACCACGUGGCCGUGCGGGAGCUGAUGGCACAGAUUAUGGAGCUGGAGAAUAAGAUGACAGAGCAGCGUAAGCAGCGUCAGCGGCAUGCCCUGCUCAAUCCGACGACGUCGACAUCGUACCAGUUUUAUCCGCAGCUCUGAUACUCCGCCUCGUCCGCACUGCUCGGUGAGGAGGGAAUACGAGCCCGGAAGCCCUAGACAGGAAUUGAUGAAGGAAUCGGGAUGGUAUUUUGUGAUAAUGCGUGCAAUCCGAUGUUGUGAGAUCGAUGUUGGCGGUUGGAUGUUGGAUCCACCAUCCACCAUCUUCCCGUUUGUUGUCACCUGUUGUCUGUUCUGUUAUUGUAGUAAGGCACAAAUCUCGAGCAUACUCUUAAGUUCGAAUCUAGGGUUUUGAAGCAUGUCGUUUAUUUUAUUGUACUCUGUUGCCGAAUGAAAACGAAUAAAUCCGAUCGGAUGUCGUACUCAUUCUCCUGGAACUCCGGGAAGCCAACACAUUGUAAGAUCUGAUCGUUGCAGCUUAACUUGUGAAUCACAUAGUCCGUAGCCCACCUGUUUGUAGUCAAUUUUGUGUAGACUUCUAUCUAACCGUGUUUACCUUUUGAUACUACCAGUUUAUAGACGUUGUUCCGCCAAUUUUUCAGCAUGCUGAACCUGAUAGACUUCUGUGCACAGCGGCCAAUCAAAAUUAAUGUCUCUCCCAAGACAAUAAUGUUGAAUUGAGCCCCAAAGUUCCCAAUCGAUGCAUUUUAUUUAAUUUCUUUUGUAUUAAAACGGCCGCUGCGAAGCACAAUCCCACUAAGCAACGAAAUGCACCCAAAAUAACUAGAAAGUCAGCCCUUUCUUUCAUGUGUCCUCUGCGAAACCGUUUGUGAUAUCCUUACAUCAUGCAGCGUGUGCCCUAC